CCCGUAGGCACGAAAUUUGGAGGAGGUGUUGUUCGUUUCUCUGACACAAGACGACGUAAUGUAGUAGGUCGGAAAUUUGUGUCGUCCAUAGUAAAUGGUAGGUGGUUGUGUCGUUUCGAAGUCACGGUAUUACCAUUUCCAAGGUCUUGUGAAAAUAUCGCAGUUAUGGGGCUAUUAAUUGCGCGAAAAUAUUCGACGUAUCGUAAAGAUGGAGUGAGUAAAUAAUUAAUCGAUACACGUAUUGUUCUUUUUAAAGAAGCUAGUGUUAUUGUUUAUGUUUCGAUUGUGAAAUUUAAACAACGCAAUAUGUCAGUAGAAGAACGUGCAGGUCGGUCUCCUAGGAAACGAUUUCAUUCCGGUCGAUAGAUUUUUGAACAACGAUUUUCGGAUAAUUUUAUUGACAAUAUUUCAACGUAAUGCCUGGAAGUGUGAUUUAGUUGAAGAAACAAGAAAAACCGAAAGGAAGAAUAGGUGUUUAGCUGUUGUCAUCGAACAGAACACAAACGAAAAUAAACAUUUGCGGAAACGUAAUAUGGGCUCCACGAGACAGCAAGAUAGAUUACUCAGCGGUGGAAUAUCUUUGCCACAAUGGAUGAAAGGGAGAGCUGACAACAGAUUCGAUUUCGACGAGAGUACAUUUAGCCCGCCAUCUCACGACGAUAGCUUUUUCUACAUACGGUAUCCAAAGACACAGAAUCGGUUGGGUGGUUCGGAAGAAUCUCGAUCGAUCGACGAGGUCCUCGCCGGACAAGCCGUCGCUUCAUCGACGGCUCCUGUAACCGCGGAGAAAGAUACACUUGUUGCCGAUCAAAAGAAGAGUCAAGAAAUCGAUUUUAGCAAGCAUCCUAUAGCGUGUCAACCAUUUGUACCAUCUUCAACAACGAAUAAAGAUAGCGAGAUCAGGUAUGCGAAGAGUUUGUUGACUGAAAACGUCAAAGCAAAGUCCCAGGGUAUAGACGAUGGAUUUCACGGCGAACCAGCCCUCUGUGGAAAAUCGAUCGUUCUUGUAGCCAGUCAGAUGAUGUCUAAUAAAUUUCAUGAAACAUUCACGGCCGAAUCGGCCGGAAGUGAACUGAAGAGAGGGAGCAAAUCGUUGCCGGUUACACCGAUUGCUUCUCCUGCUCAGAGUCCCAACAGUUCGCCGAAGGCCCGUCGUCGCAUAACAUCCAAUCGAUAUUUCACCGGUUCCUUCCUUCUCGAUCGGGAGAAGUAUCAAGGGGGUUCGAUCUUGGCUUCGAUAUUAGGACAAUCCAGAGAGAUUGUUACUGCCAAGAUCGAGGAAGAGGAUGAGACGAACAUGGAAAUUCCUAUGCCGUCGUCCAGAGCGCUCAGUCGAAAACGAUCUAUAUCCUCGCAGAAUCUGACCUACGUCGGAACCGAUGAGAAAUCAGCCGACAAAGCAACGAUUUCUACCAACGCGAUGCGAUCAAAACCAUCAGAAUUAAGAGAAAUGAAUUUCUGGUCACCGACCUCGAUGUAAUACGCUACGCUAUCUUGUCUUUUACGCUAUCACUGAUACGUUUAUUCAUUUCAGCUUGAAAUUUGUUCGUCUAAUAAUAAAGAACAAAUUAAUAAUAAUAAAUAAUAAUAACAAUAAUGAUAAUUAUAACGUUGUAUCGCAACAACAAUGAAUAAUAAUAAUAGUAAUAAUAAGAUUACAUAGUUGUUUUACAGUUGUGUAAAAUAAUAGUUCAAUAGAUAUUUGUUCGUAGUUCUACAGGGUAAUCCUCUGGCUAGGGGACAGAAAGGAACUGCACGCUGGCACGUGACAAUACGGACCUCUUUAUGGUGUGGUCAAGGGGUCCAUUGUCGCCAGUGUUCCUUUGUGUCCCCUAGCGAGAGGAUCAUCCUGUAUAGGUUUAUCGCGUUUCUGUCAAACAACUGUCACGUUCCUGCGUGUCUAGCCGUACGGAUUGUCCUCGUUAGCGUGCGCUUGUACGAACGCAAGACCCGUACUUUCUUUGGUUCACGGUAGUCAACCAGUUAAUACUUAACAGCAAUAUACAUUCGAUUAGGUAAUGCAUAUUUGAUUAUAUUAGUUCAAUUAUUUAAAAACAGCCAUGCUUACGAGAAAGAGAGAUAAGGAGUGGCGAUUUCGAUCGCUAUAGCAAUAGCCAAUUGCAUUGUUGCUAAAUAGAACGAUCUGUUUAACGUAUCAGAGAAUGAAACUAAUCUGUUUUUUAGUUAAAGACGGAAGCUAAAAGUUACCUGCUACAAGAAGUACAUAGUUCAUCACUUUUAGUCAACUAUUAUUUCGUUUCACUUAUUUCUAGCUGGAGUAACGAACAAAAGUAAUAAGAAACAACUCUAUAUACCAUAUCAUGUAUGAUAUAAAUAUGUAAGGAAGCAUUUCGAAGAAUGUUGUUCGAAAUGUUUACCAUGCAAGCGAAAGUAUUGUUAAUAAUAUAGUAACGCGGACAUUUUGGAAACAUCGAUAUAGCGAUGGUGAUAAUGACCGUGUAACGGUGGUUGUAAGCCGGGUGAUUAACAAUUAGUAUCUGUUGAAGCAUUACCUGUGGCCGUGUUAGUUGUUUGAUCGUUAAAAAAAGCAACAUCGACUGUCUUGUAAUAACGAAAAAUAGGGAAAUUAUUAUUCGGAGACCUCGAUAUACCCUUGCGCGACAUUCCUACACAGCUGGAUCAUGAAACUGAAAAGGAGAAAGUUGUAACACGAUUAUAAGGACGGCUAAUUUAAAUACAUCUUAUUGUUAGUGAAAACAAUUCAAUCUACGACAGGCUGUCGAUCAGCUACAAAAUGCUCCAAGCUAUGAACAAUAGAAACUUUCGAUUCACAUAUUGUAUGGUAUUUUAUAGAAAGAUAAUAAAUAAAAGCGAUCUUCUACGCAAAA